AUGUUGCCAAUUGUUGAAGGCGAUGAAGAAGAUGAUUACAAUGUUGAAACUAUAACAAACAACCUUUCUAGGAAUUCAUCGUCAUCAUCCAAGUCCAUAGAAAAUGAUCCAAAUUGGAAAGUUGAUAAAGAAGAUAACAAUUCGAAAAAGGAUAAGAAAUCAUCUAUAUGGAGUUGGAAGCCAUUGAGAGCACUUUCGUUUAGCAGGAGUAAGAAAUUGAAUUGUUGUUUUUCUGUUCAAGUUCAUUUGAUUGAAGGAUUACCGUCGAGUUUCAAUGAUUAUACUCUUUGUGUUCAUUGGAAACGGCGCGAUGAACAUUCGGUUACUCCUCCGGCCAAAGUGAUCGAAGGUGUUUGUAGGUUUGAAGAUAUUUUGAACUGUAGUUGUUCGAUUGUUGGAAGUAAAAGUGGAUUUAAUAAUUCUGCUAAGUAUGAAGCUAAGCAUUUUUUGCUCUAUGUUUCUGUGAUUGGUGUUCCGGAAAUUGAUUUGGGGAGUCAGCGUUUGGAUAUCACGAGGCUACUUCCGCUUUCGUUGGAGGAUCUUGAAGAGGAGAAAAGCUCGGGGAAAUGGAGUACGAGUUUUAAGUUAUCGGGAAAGGCGAAAGGUGCUGUGAUGAAUGUGAGUUUUGGGUAUAUGGUGGUUCGUGAUAACAACAGUUUGGCUCCUAAUGUGUUGACUUCGAGGCAAAAUUGUUUGGCUUUGAGCGAAACGGAUGUGAAUUUUUGUCAUUAUCCGGCUCGGGUUAUAGAUGAGGUGAAGGAUCUUCAUGAGGUAUUGACAUGGCCAAAAUCAGCAAUGGCCAGUUCAACAAAUACAUUACCUAAGAAAUUUCACGAUGAAGAUGCAUGUAGUCCCCUUGACAAGAAAGACGAACUUGUUGUACUAAAAGAGAAUCUCGAGCCAGUCAAAUUCGAUGUGUUUCAAGAAAACUUGAAGACAGUUGAGUCUUUAAAAGAGAAAUGUGAAUAUGAUGGAUUUUCUGUUGUUGAUCAGGGUGUUGAGUUUUCACCAAAUGAACAUGUUCAAGUGGAGGAAUCCAUUGUUGAUAGUUCUAAGGAAUUUUCUGUGGUACAUGAGUUUUCUAACAAAAAGGUUGAGUUAUGCACGAAAGAACUUCUCAUGCAAGAAAUAGAAUCGGCUUUUAAUAGUGUCUCGGAAUGGGAGACAGCGGCAAUGGAAUCUCCUAAAAUUAUGGAAGUCACAUCUGAAUGUAAAUUUAGCCAGUCACUCAGCUUGGAUGAUGCCACCGAACAAGUUGCCAGUGAAUUUUUUAGUACGCUGGGCGUAGACAAUAGCCCAACAGGUUUUAGUUCUGAAAGUGAGCCUGAAUCUCCGAGAGAGCGCCUUUUAAGACAGUUUGAGAAGGAAGUUGGAUCUGAGGGCUUCUCUUUAUUUGAUGUGGAAAUAGGUUACGAUGAUGAUGACGAAGGAGAUUAUGGCAGUUAUGAUGCUUCUUAUGAAUCUGAUCAGGGGGAAUUCUCUACAGGUAUUAAGUCACCAUCCUUGUUACAUGAUCUGCAGGAAGGGGUUGAAUUCGAGGAUGUGAGGAGAAAACUAAAGGGACAAAUACUUGAAGACUUGGAAACAGAAGCCUUAAUGCGUGAAUGGGGUUUCAAUGAGGAAGCUUUUCAGCAUUCUUCACCAAAAGACUUUGCUGGUUUUGAAAGUCCAGUGCACCAUCUACCUGCAGAACCUCCUAGAUUACCUCCUCUGGCAGAAGGGUUUGGUCCUUUUCUCCAAACAAAAGAUGGGGGAUUUGUAAGGUCUAUGAAUCCCUCGCUUUUUAUGAAUUCUAAAAAUGGCGGGAGCUUAAUCAUGCAAGUUUCCAACCCUGUUGUUAUGCCUGCAGAAAUGGGUUCAGGGAUAAUGGAGACUUUGCAGUAUUUGGCAUCUGUUGGAAUUGAAAAGCUUUCGAUGCAGGCAAACAAGUUUUUGCCUCUGGAAGAUAUCACAGGGAAGACAAUGCAACAAAUAUCAUGGGAAGCCAUGUCAAGCUUAGAGGAAAAAGACAGGCAAUGGCAUCUGCAACAUGAUUUGGUGACACGGAAUGGUUCAACCUGCGCGCAAAGGGACAUGAAAGGAUCACCAUCUAGACUAAAGUCUGAUGAGUUUAUUUCAAGUUCAAUUGGCAACCAGGGAGGUUCAGGCUUUUUUUCAUUGGAAGAUCUUGCUCCUUUGGCUAUGGAUAAAAUUGAAGCACUUUCAUUGGAGGGUUUAAAAAUACAAUAUGGGAUGUCGGAAGAGGAUGCCCCAUCAAACAUCAUUGCACAACAAUCCUUUAAAGAUCCUCCUGGUCUCCAACACAAGGGGGUUAACAUUGGUGGUUCUCUUGGCCUGGAUGGAGCUGCUGCUUUGCAAUUGUUAGAUAGUAAAUGCAGUAAUGAUGAAGUCGAUGGGAUAAUGGGAUUAUCAUUAACUCUUGAUGAAUGGAUGAAACUGGAUUCGGGUGAGAUUGAUGAUAUAGAUGAUAUCAGUGAGCGUACUCGCAAACUUCUUGCUUCCCAUCAUGCCAACUCUUUUGAUGUAGUUCGUGAGAGUUCAAAGGGAAGGAAGAAACAGGGCAAAGAUCACAGCAGGAAAUGUGGUUUGCUGGGAAACAAUUUCACAGUAGCACUAAUGGUGCAACUUCGUGAUCCUCUGAGAAAUUAUGAACCAGUUGGAACACCAAUGCUUGCUCUUAUACAAGUCGAGAGAGUGCUGGUCCCACCAAAACAAAAGAUUUAUUUGACUGUGUCCGAGGUAGGGAACAAUAGUGAUGAGGAUGAUGAGUGUGAAAUAAAAGCAAAGGUAGGCAUGAAAGAAAACAAAGAGGAGAGAAGUACUAAAGAAAGUGGCAUUGCUCAGUUCAGGAUUACAGAAGUCCAUGUUGCAGGUCUUAAGCUUGAGUCCCAUAAAAAGAAGCUUUGGGGUACAUCAAAACAGCAACAGUCUGGUUCCCGUUGGUUGAUUGCUAAUGGAAUGAGUAAAAGCAAAAGCAAUAAGAAUCCAUUGAUGAAGUGUAAGGCUGUUUCUAAAUUUGGUGCUCAGGUUACCACCACAAAGGUGCAACCUGGAGACACAUUGUGGAGUAUAUCAUCUCGUAUAUUUGGUACUGGCGCAAAAUGGAAGGAAUUGGGAGUACUCAAUCCACAUAUAAGAAAUCCCAAUUUCAUUAUACCAAAUGAAUCUAUAAGAAUAGGUUAA